AUGAACUUUUAUGAAUCCGAAGACAGUCAGGUCCAAAAAGCCUUGGAAAAUUUCCGCAAAAAUCUACAGAUAAUGCACGCAGCCUAUCAGAGACACAGAGGCAGGUGCUUAGUUCGUAUCUCGUCCUAUAAAGGUGCAACCUUGGAACAAGUUUAUAUCAUGGGUAGCUUCACUUCUCCACCUUGGAAAGUUUUAAUUCCUCUUUCUUAUUCUAUAACUUAUAAAGAAUAUUUUAUCGAGUUAUGACUAUCUGCAGAGUCAGAAUUUUUGUUGGUUAAAAAGGAUAUUAAAUUUGCACUAGAAGCUUUCCCGCAAAGGAUGAGCAAGCUUGGCUUUAUAGCCAACUAUAUAAAAAUCAUAAAACCUGCUAACAGUAACAGAAAACCUUCAAAAUGCAACAUUAAAUAUCAAUUUAUCAGUGAAGGGCUUUCGCAAGUAAAUUAAAGAAUUCUUAACGUCUUCCAGAUUUGAUGCCAUCUCAUGCUUUCGACAACGCCCAACCUGCUUGCCGGGCGGAAAUUCAGCCGCUAUUUGAAACAGUGGUGUUCUCUAGGAGCAGGCUUGCACUGUGAUCUCCUAGAGUACCGGUGGGUUAGAAAGACGACCUGCCAGUAUGCCAUCGGGUGCUAUGGAGGUAAACGUUAGCCGAUACUUCUUUUCGGCCACCUUUGGCGGAGUGACACCCAGAAAAAAGAGCCACAGCCUUUCGGAGCCGGUAGGGAGAACCCGUGGCCAAAAACCAUCCGGAUGCUUUCGCAAGGGAAAGAGCCAGAUAUUAACGAAGAUGCAUUUUUUUGUUCAAAAUUUGCUAUUGGCAUUGCAGAUGGAGUUGGUGGAGUAAAACGAGAUUUUGGCAUAUCCAGUGCCGCAUUUUCUUCAGAGCUAAUGAAAAAUUGUAAAGAAAUCACCGAUAAGAUUGAUGCUUCCUUUAAUGCAAAUUUCCAAACCUCAAACAAAGUUUACUUAAAAGGUCUAAACUGCGAAAAAAUAAUUACACAAGCCUAUCAAAAAACAAAUUGCGGAGGGAGUUCCACGUUCCUCUUGAUUUCUCUGCUUGGCAAUCAUCUCCAGAUUUCAAAUUUAGGGGAUUGUGGGCUAAUGCUAAUAAGAAACAAUGGGAAAAAGCCAAUAGUUGUAUUCCGGACAACAGCAAAACAGCACUCUUUUAAUGUUCCUUAUCAAAUUUCAAGGAAAUUUACAAAGCUGCAAUUAUUGACUACUUCAGAAAAUAAUUCACAAAGCUUUUAUAUAAAAGACCACUGGCUGGAAUACUCAGACUGCGUUUCUGAUGCUGAUAAUUAUUUGAUAAGUGUCCAGAAAAAUGACAUCAUUGUGAUGGGAACAGAUGGGCUGUGAGAUAAUUUAUUUGUUGAUGAGAUUCUUGAGCAAGUAAAAGUAUCCUGCAGAGAUCAUAUGAAUUUGAAGGAAAUUUCUGAAAAUUUAGUUGAGAUGGCAAGAGCAAGAAUGAAUAGUGAAGAAAACACUCCUUUUAGUGAAGAAAUUUCAAGAAAAACUGGGCAUUCGUGGGUUGGAGGGAAAAGAGAUGACAUCACUGUUGUGGUGUCUUAUGUUGAUGAUGCUUAA